AUGGGGUCCAUACCAAAAGACAUUACUUACGACUUUGUCAUUUGCGGCUGUGAAGCACUUCUUCACUAUCCCCCGGUGAUUGACUUUGUUUUUUUUAGGGGUGGUACCUCUGGAUGCGUUGUUGCAAGCCGCCUUGCUGAGAUUCCAGGGACCAGUGUUCUGGUCAUCGAAGCUGGUCAACACAACGAACAUCUCGAGAAUGUUCACAUGACAGGAGGAUGGUCUCAACUCUUUGACAAAGGAACCGAUUGGAACGUCGUCAGUGAAAAAAAGCCUGCUGUGAACAACCGGCAGGUGAAGCUUAGCCGCGGCAAGUUCCUUGGCGGCUGUUCCGGCUGUAACGGCACUCUUUGCAUCCGUGGCGCGAAGCAAGACUAUGAUGAUUGGGGAAUCGAUGGUUGGGCCGGUGAAGAAUUCUUUAAAUACAUUCGCAAGGUCAGUUCAUUUGGGAUCAAUCCCCAACUUAAGAGUAUAUGUUUCUUCCACCAUGAUGCAGAGAAGUUCCACGGAAAGUCUUGGUUCAAAGCUUCCGGCGACCAUGGCACCGACGGCUACUUGAAUAUUGAACCUCACGACCUCGCUCCUAUUUCCAAUCUCAUCAUGGACUCGAUGGUCUCCAAGGGGCUACCUCUCGACCAUGACAUGUUUUCCCACGGAAACAACCCUCACGGAUGUGGACAUGCUCCCAGAACAGUACACAAGGGCUUGCGAAGCACCGCCGCGGACUUUCUUACCAAAGAGAACAAGAAAGACAAUCUCCAUCUAAUGGUUGAGACGCAUGUCGAGAAGGUCAUAAUCGAGAACGUGGAGGACGAGCUCAAGGCAACUGGCGUUAGAGCUGUCAAGGCAGAUGGCUCCGUCGUUGAGAUCAAAGCCCACAAGGAGGUGAUUGUUAGCGGCGGUGCCUACUGCAGCCCCAAUAUCCUGAAUCGAUCCGGCAUAGGUGCGAAGUCAGAGCUGGAGGCGUUUGGUAUUCCGACCCUAUUGCACUUGCCGGGCGUUGGUAAGAACCUUAUGGAUCAUCUUAUCGUUUUCAUGUUCUAUGAGACCGAAAAGGCUGGGCUUACGAACGAUCAUCACGUCUACCACGGUGAUAAUUUCGCCAAGACGUACGCUCUCUGGAAGGAUCAGCAGGCAGGCUUCCUGUCAUCUUUCCCCUUUGGUGCAUUUGCCUUCGCUCGUCUCGACGAGCGUCUUACCGAUUCGGAGCUGUGGAAAAACGCUCCACGUGCGCCUGGCCGUGACCCAAUGGGCUUGACACCGAAGCAGCCAAACGUUGAAUUCUUUACCACGGAAUGCUAUGGUGGACCGAAGCAGUACGACCAGUUCCCAACUGACGGAAAGUAUGCCUUCAGCAUGAUCGCGGAGCUGUUCGGCCCUCGAUCCCGCGGCACAGUGACCCUCCGAAACACGGAUGCCAAAGCUGUCCCGGUAGUCGACACUAACUACCUUGCCGACCCUCUUGAUGUCGAGGUGCUGGCAGAGGCCUGCCGCUUUGGCAAUGAGAUCAUCAUGGAAGGCAAGGGCACCAAGGACAUUGUCAAGGGCUCUUGGCCGAGUGAUUUGGUGCACCAUAAACACACUACUCGCGAGGAAUGGAUCCCCUACGUUCGCGAUAAUGCGACAACUUGCAAGUUCCUUCGACAACGAAACUCAAGUUAUCAUGCCGCCGGAACUUGCGCUAUGGGCAAGACAUCAGACCCCGAUGCCGUAGUCGAUCCUACGCUCGCCGUGAAGGGUGUCAAGGGUCUUCGAGUGGCUGAUUGUAGUAUCAUGCCUACUCUCCACGGUGGUCACACGCAGAUGCCUGCAUAUGGAAUUGGAGAGAAAGCUGCCGACCUCAUCAAGGAGGCGUGGAAGUUGUGA